AUGGAGAGCCGCGCACUCCUCGCCCAGCCCGGGCUCCGGACCAGGGAAACCGGCUGGGCGCUCCUCUAUUUCCUCUGCUGCGUCCUCCCCCAGACCGCCCCGCAAGUACUCAGGAUCGGAGGGAUUUUUGAAACUGUGGAAAACGAACCUGUUAAUGUUGAAGAAUUAGCAUUCAAGUUCGCAGUCACCAGCAUUAACAGAAAUCGAACCCUGAUGCCUAACACCACGUUAACCUAUGACAUCCAGAGAAUUAAUCUUUUUGAUAGUUUUGAAGCCUCACGGAGAGCCUGCGACCAGCUGGCUCUUGGUGUGGCUGCUCUCUUUGGCCCUUCCCACAGUUCCUCUGUCAGCGCUGUGCAGUCAAUUUGCAAUGCUCUCGAAGUUCCACACAUACAGACCCGCUGGAAACACCCAUCGGUGGACAACAAAGACUUGUUUUACAUCAACCUGUACCCAGAUUAUGCAGCUAUCAGCAGGGCGGUCCUGGAUCUGGUCCUCUACUACAACUGGAAAACAGUGACAGUGGUGUAUGAAGACAGCACAGGCCUCAUUCGUCUACAAGAGCUCAUCAAAGCUCCCUCCAGAUAUAACAUUAAAAUCAAAAUCCGCCAGCUGCCUUCUGGGAAUAAAGAUGCCAAGCCUUUACUCAAGGAGAUGAAGAAGGGCAAGGAGUUCUAUGUGAUAUUUGAUUGUUCACAUGGGACAGCUGCUGAAAUCCUUAAGCAGAUUCUGUUCAUGGGCAUGAUGACUGAGUACUAUCACUACUUUUUCACAACCCUGGACUUAUUUGCUUUAGAUCUGGAACUCUAUAGGUACAGUGGUGUAAACAUGACCGGGUUUCGGCUGCUUAAUAUUGACAACCCUCGCGUGUCCUCCAUCAUUGAGAAGUGGUCCAUGGAGAGACUGCAGGCCCCCCCCAGGCCAGAGACUGGCCUUUUGGAUGGCAUGAUGACAACUGAAGCGGCUCUGAUGUAUGAUGCCGUGUACAUGGUGGCCAUUGCCUCCCACCGGGCUUCCCAGCUGACCGUCAGCUCCUUACAGUGUCAUCGACACAAGCCAUGGCGCCUUGGACCCAGAUUUAUGAACCUAAUUAAAGAGGCUCGGUGGGAUGGCCUGACUGGGCGUAUCACCUUCAAUAAAACCGAUGGCUUGAGGAAGGAUUUUGAUCUGGAUAUUAUUAGUCUCAAAGAGGAAGGAACUGAAAAGGCUGCUGGCGAAGUGUCUAAACACUUAUAUAAAGUGUGGAAGAAGAUUGGGAUUUGGAACUCCAACAGUGGCCUUAACAUGACCGAUGGCAACAAAGACAGGUCCAACAAUAUCACCGAUUCACUGGCCAACCGAACACUCAUAGUCACCACCAUUUUGGAAGAACCCUAUGUGAUGUACAGGAAAUCUGAUAAGCCUUUGUAUGGAAAUGACAGAUUUGAAGGGUAUUGCCUGGAUCUGUUGAAAGAAUUGUCAAACAUCUUGGGCUUCAUUUAUGAUGUCAAACUCGUCCCUGAUGGCAAAUAUGGAGCCCAGAAUGACAAAGGAGAGUGGAAUGGAAUGGUCAAAGAACUUAUAGAUCAUAAGGCUGAUCUGGCAGUGGCUCCUCUAACCAUUACCUACGUUCGGGAGAAAGUCAUUGACUUCUCCAAGCCCUUCAUGACCCUGGGUAUCAGCAUUCUCUACCGGAAGCCCAAUGGUACCAAUCCAGGAGUGUUCUCCUUCCUCAACCCCCUGUCUCCUGACAUUUGGAUGUAUGUGCUCUUAGCCUGCUUGGGAGUCAGUUGUGUACUCUUUGUGAUUGCAAGGUUUACACCCUACGAGUGGUAUAACCCCCACCCAUGCAACCCUGACUCAGAUGUGGUGGAAAACAAUUUUACUUUACUAAAUAGUUUCUGGUUUGGAGUUGGCGCUCUCAUGCAGCAAGGAUCAGAGCUGAUGCCCAAAGCUCUAUCAACCAGAAUAGUUGGCGGGAUAUGGUGGUUUUUCACCUUAAUCAUCAUUUCAUCCUACACUGCCAACCUGGCUGCCUUCUUGACAGUGGAGAGAAUGGAAUCCCCCAUAGAUUCAGCAGAUGAUCUGGCAAAGCAAACCAAGAUAGAAUAUGGGGCAGUCAGAGAUGGAUCCACAAUGACCUUCUUCAAGAAAUCAAAGAUAUCUACCUAUGAGAAGAUGUGGGCAUUUAUGAGCAGCAGGCAGCAGACAGCCCUGGUAAAAAACAGUGAUGAAGGGAUCCAACGAGUACUCACCACUGACUAUGCCCUAUUGAUGGAGUCCACCAGCAUUGAGUAUGUGACGCAGAGAAAUUGCAACCUCACUCAGAUUGGGGGCCUCAUUGACUCCAAAGGUUAUGGAGUGGGAACACCUAUCGGCUCUCCUUACCGGGAUAAAAUCACUAUCGCUAUCCUUCAACUACAAGAGGAGGGCAAACUGCAUAUGAUGAAAGAAAAGUGGUGGCGGGGAAAUGGCUGCCCAGAGGAAGACAGCAAAGAGGCCAGUGCUCUGGGAGUAGAAAAUAUUGGGGGCAUAUUCAUUGUUCUGGCUGCUGGACUGGUCCUCUCUGUAUUUGUAGCCAUUGGAGAAUUUAUAUACAAAUCACGGAAGAACAGUGAUAUUGAACAGAAAGGAAAGUCAUCAAGAAUUAGAUUUUAUUUUAGGAACAAAGUAAGGUUUCAUGGGAGAAAAAAACAAAGCCUUGGUGUAGAGAAGUGUCUCUCUUUCAAUGCCAUCAUGGAAGAACUGGGAAUCUCACUCAAAACUCAGAAAAAGCUAAAGAAAAAGUCAAGAACUAAGGGGAAAUCUCCCUUCACAAGUAUCCUUACUUGUCAUCAGAGACGAACUCAGAGGAAAGAGACUGUGGCAUGA